AUGGACUGUUCAAGGUUGAUGGGACCAUUUGCAUAUGACAUUGGGUUUCAUGGACUUGUAUCAUCAACUGAAAAUUCAUCUUCUGCAGAUUUGUCAUUUCCAGAGUCAAUAUUUUCAGAUUCAGUAUCUGAAGAGUCAAUAUCUGCAAAUUCAUCAUCUGAAUAUUCGUUGCUUUUAUCUUUAAAGAACAGCAUAUUGGAGCUCAUGGUAGGUCUCAGUCGCAAUACUUGA